AUGUCUGCGUUAUUGAUUAACGAGAAAUACCAGGCUUCAUUAGGCCAAAAGACGUAUGAUUAUCGAGAAUUAAUCGGCCUAAUCGACUGGGCUAAUGCGCUUUAUGUCCCGGAUAAUGUUUAUGAUGAUCGGAAGAGGAUGGCGAGCAAGAGAGCAUCUUUGGGGGUUCAAAUAGGGAGCUUUAGCUCGAGCAAUCGGAUCGUUCUUUCGGGUACCCGAGCAGGAGUCUUAGCCGCAUGCGGAUACCUCAACGAACUGGAGAUCGCCCAUCGAGCUGCCAACUUCCCUUGCUCCCCGAUCUUAGUUACCCGAAACAGUUCCCUCUCCUCCCCCUCCACUUCGACUUCCAGUUUCUCCUUAGGAUCCACAGGGUCUACAGAGAGAUGGAAGAGAAGAAAGACAGACUCGGGCGAGGCGGUGAUGCAGACCGCUUACAUCAGCACCCUUAAUGAAGACCUCGAAAGCCUUAAAACUCAGUUCUCUGAUUCGAUUUGUAGACCCGUUUGUCAGAUUUGA